GCGCUGCUGCUGCGGACAAAGUGAAAAUUUGGUUUCGUUUGUUUAUUUUGUGAACUUGAAGUGAAGUUUUGAAGUCCGUCGGUUAGCAUCAGCAAGUAGAACAACAUACGUGCGGUAAAAUCGUCUCGCAAUGCCAAGUAAAUGCGCUGUCCUGAGCUGCCCCAUCUACUCUCCCAACAAGGAAAUUGGCCUGUUUCGGAUACCGGCGGUACGGGUUCGAGCAAGCGAAGACCUCCGGGUGCAGAUGCUCCAGCGGCGUGCCCGCUGGGGUGAAGUGCUACAUCUGUCGGAUCCACAGAUGUCGCACGCCCUGGUUUGCGGCCGACAUUUCGUGUCCGGCAAACCGUCCGCCCCGGAAGAGAUCGACAGCGUUGAUUGGGUACCAACACUCCAUUUGGAUGUUGAUGAACUGGUACGAAGGCGUAGUUUGUACCAGCCGGAGAACACCGAAACUGAAUCGGGCGUUGAGGUAGCGGGAGAAUCGUCCGGCGCUAGGAUUGAGACAACUGCAGCUAGUUGUUGCGUGCCGGGAUGUGAAAACCAGCAGCAGCAGUGGCUGACGGAUUUUCCCCGGGAUAAAGAACUGCAGCAACGUUGGUUGACGGCCAUUCUGGUCGGUAGUGGAGAGACGGUCUUCGUGGAAGAGGAAGUGGGCGGGAAGGCACAGGUUUGCAAUGUGCACUUUGCGGCCCGGGCUCCGGAAGCGAUCGCAAAUGGCGUUGAUAAUGAGUACCGGGAACCGACGUUGUUUGUGAGGGACAACAUAAUAAUACAGGUGACGAGCUGCCGAUUGUGUAUGAAUUUUGACACGGUGGAUAACAUGUACAAUAUGAAGCGGGAGAUCAGCGACGGACACACACUCCAAUGGUUGGCAAAAAAGUACUUUGCGCAGUUCCUGUCGGCGACGGAAUAUGCCGAGGAGGGGUUCUUCUGCGAGCGAUGCACAGUGCAGGUUGAUAUGACUCACGUGUUCUGGCGAGAAAUCAGCGACAAAUCGCGCAAGUUUAAAUGGUUGCUCCGAAAGAUGGCAUCCGAAAGGGUGGAAUUUAGCAGCAAGAUUGACGACAGCAGCCAACAAACAUCUUUCAAUUCUGGAUUUGAAUUUUGGUCAGUUCCUUUACAGCCCGACGUUGUACCUAGCGCAGAAGUUCUUUUUAUAAAGGAGGAGCCUGAAGAUUUAGAUGAUGGGGAAAUGCAGGUGGAAUGUGAUCCCAAACUGUAUAAUACUUCAUCUGAAGGGGAGUCGGACGGUCCUGAAAAACUUAAAAGUACCAUAACUAAGGAACAAACUAAAUUAAGCAAGCCACCUUCAAUACAUUUGGUGAAACCACCUCCGCUGAAAGUGCAACUCAAUUUCAAGUGCAACGUUUGCUCCUCCCGUCAUGAGAACAAAAACACUCUCAUCCAUCAUCUGAUGAUGGACCACCAGGAUCAUACGGCGUUGAAGUGCCAGGAGUGCGACAUUUCCUACAAAAAUAUCAUUCUUUUCAACAAACACUUGGCCAUGCACGAUCCCGUCAAGCGGAUAAAAUGCUCGCACUGCCCAUUGCGGUUCCGAAAGACCAGUGCAAGGGCGAAACAUGAGGCAGCUAGGCAUGGCACUGCCAACACGUCGAAUGCCACGGCAACUACACCUGCGGUUAAGGAUAAAACGAAGAAAAACCAAUGUUCGCAGUGUGAUAAAAGCUUCGUUUAUAUCUCCGAGCUCAAGCGUCAUGAGAAGUUCAAACACAAAGGAGAAGCUAUUGCCCGCUGCGAAAUUUGCGACAAAGCCUUUGCCUCCAACCGCAACCUUUCGCGCCAUUUGAAACUACAUCGAGAGGAUGCUAAAGCUGACAACCUGACGACGCGCAACCGCAAAGCCGGUGUCAUUGCGUGCAACCUUUGUGACAUGGUAUUUUCGGAGACUCGGGACAUGGCCGAGCACCUCAAGGAAACCCACCCGGAUGCGAAGUUCAAGAUUCACGCUUGCCAGCAGUGCGACCAAAUAUUCCUGUCGCAGCCGUCGCUCGCCAACCACAGCAACAUCCACUCGGACGUGUUCGGAUGCGAUCUGUGCGGGAAGCGCCACUACUCGAAAAUGAUGCUGCUGCGGCACCGUAACAAAAAGCACGGCAUCGAACUGGACGACGAUCAGUACGAGACGUGUCGGAUAUGCGCGAGGCGUUUCAUCAAGGGAUGGGAUUUUAUCAGACAUGAGCAGAGCCACGAGAAGGAAAAGUUUUCGUGCGAGACGUGCGGGAAGACGUACAAGACGAGCGUGCAGCUGACGAAGCAUGAGCGGGUGCACACCGAAGAAAAACCGUACGAUUGUCCGGCGUGUGGCAUGAUGUUCGGUUCGCCAGCAUCGGUGACCCGGCACAAGAAGACCUGUCCGAAAAUCGUCCUGGACCAGCAAGACUGAGCUGUCGGGUCCGUUUCAUGUUUGGUAAAUAUUAUGAACUAAUUAUCACUUAUCAUAGAAAAGC